CACUGAUAGGUGGCACUGACUGGACAGAUAGAUGACUCUGAAAGGCAGCUCAGAUGGGCACUGAUAUGUGGCAUUGAUGUGCACUGGCAGGCACUGAUAUGUGGCAUUGAUGUGGCACUGAUGGGCACUGGCAGGUGGCACUGAUGAGUACUGACAGCUGGCAUUGAUGGACACUGACAGGUGGCACUGCUGGGGCUACAAUGAUCAUCAGGGCACACUGAUCAUCAGUGCCCUGAUGAUCACUGUCAGCGUGACAGCUUGUGAGGAGAGAAAUGCUGAUAACCGGCAUUUCCCUAUUUACAUGUGAUCAGCUCUGAU